AAGCUUGAAAACGAGAGAGACGUCUUCUUUCCUUACAAUUUUUCAUAUAAAUUAAGAAAAACAAAAAUAUGGAACCAAAAUUCAGUUGUAUUCUGUUCGUAAUUUGUAAGAAACAUCUCAACAGUCAUCCCCUUUCAACUGGGAAAGGCGGGAAGCGAAAUGGGUCACCCAAUUCGCUUAAGAGCUUCCUGGGGUUGGCUAGUUUCAGAAAUGGCUGCGAUUAGACCCACCUUAAUCCACAAGAAUCCCUUUAUUUCCUCCUCAUCAUUUUCCGUCGGGAGAAGUCCCCUUUCUAUGAAGGAAGAAAUCGACGAAACUCAUCAGGAACUGGAAGUGCCUUCUAAUCGCAUUCACGAGUUGGAGGUCUCUAGGAACCCAUCAGGGCUUGCCCAAGAACUUUCAGGCAUGGAAAUGAGAAAUGUGGCUAAAGUAAAAGAUGAAGAUAACCUGUUUGAUGAAAUGAAAAAGAGAUUUCUGAGUUUUAAGAAGCACAAGUAUUUGGAACAUUUGGAGCAUUUUCAAGCUCUUGCAGAACUACAAGCCCCUAAGUUCAUGGUGAUUUCUUGUGCGGAUUCUAGGGUAUGCCCAUCCAAUAUCCUUGGAUUUCAACCCGGUGAAGCUUUCGCGAUUCGCAAUGUAGCGAACAUUGUUCCACCAUGGGAGAAUGGACCAACUGAAACCAAUGCAGCCCUUGAGUUUGCAGUAAACACACUUGAAGUUGAGAAUAUUUUAGUCAUUGGCCAUAGUAGUUGUGCUGGGAUCCAGAGCAUUAUGAGCAUGGAAGACGAUGUUACCGCCUCGAGCUUUGUUCAUAAGUGGAUGGCGAAUGCAAAAGUUGCCAAAUUAAGAACAAAAGCUGCCGCCGCACAUCUUAGUUUUGACCAGCAAUGUAAAUAUUGUGAGAAGGAAUCGAUCAAACUUUCAUUGAAGAACUUGACGACGUACCCGUCGAUCGAGGAGCGGUUAAAACGGGAGUUGAUUUCUGUUCAUGGAGGAUACUAUGAUUUCUUGACUUGCACAUUUGAGAAGUGGACCCUUGAUUACAAGAACGCCAGCAGAGUUGAUGAUGAUGAUGAUCAUCAUGGAUGUCUGAUGAAAAACCAAUCAGUUUGGUGUUGACAUUUUCUGAAUCAUUAUCCUCUCUGAAACUUGGGGAGAGCAGCUGCUGAAAUCAUUACAAGAAAACGUAUCUGUAAAUUGCGUCUUUAGUUUCAUGAAGGUGAUGAUUGAUCUGCUAUGUAACAUGUACAACUCUUGUAUAUGAAUUUACCUUACAUCAAUGUGGAAAAAUGUUUAUCCGAAUUUUUGAAGGACUAAUUUGAAAAUCAAAUAUUGUGGA